AUGACAAGGACUCAAUACCUAAGAUGGCCCAGCAUCACUUCCAGAGAUGAAGCACUCACAUACAUUCAGCAAGUUGCUAUACCACAUCCCUGGCGCCACUCCAUCUGCAUGGAUGACACAUGCAUAGGCUAUGUUUCAGUCAAGCCUGAACCCGGAGACGAUCAUCACCGGGCGCAUGUCAGCUACGCGCUUAGCGCGGAGUAUUGGGGGCUUGGCAUAGCCACUGAUGCAUUGAAAAAGGCCAUAGCUAAGGUGUUCAAGAAAUUUUCAUACUUGGCCAGGAUAGAGGCUUUGGUGGAAGAAGAAAAUAAAGGGUCUCAAAGGGUGCUUGAGAAAGUUGGGUUCAGAAAAGAAGGGCUGUUGACUGUUGAGGAAGUAUGGGUUUAA